AUGGUGAGGGGUGGCGUAGCACGUGUCUCUACGGCGGUGGAUAUUCCUCUUGCCUCCGCCGAUCUCCCGCGCCCACCCGCCGGACCUCUGUUGCGCGAUGGUGGGUGCGCGCACGGGGGUAUCUGCAUCCGCCGCUGCGCGGAGCAGCGCGCGCUGCCUCUGCCGGCUUCGUCCACGGAGAGCGCGGCUGGCGGUGGUGCGGCUGGCGCUGGGAGCAGCGGUGGUCGUGGUGGGCGCAAUUGCGGUGACGGUGUGCGGCAGUGGUGCCCCCAUGAAGCGCGCAGGCGCGUAGCGAAGUCGGUGGUGGAGGGGCAGGGAGGGGAGAGAGGGGAGCAGCGCUGCUCGACACUCUUAACCAUCACAGCGCUCUUUGUGAAUGGCGACUCCCGGGUGGACGCAGGCAACAACCAUGACGGCUCCCAGCGCUUCCUGCGUGCUGACCUGCCGCUCUACGGCAUGAGUUACAUCGAGGCGUUGGAGCGCUUCUCCGAUGGCCGCCUGAAGAUCAACUACUUGGGUGCGUGCUGCUGCCAGUGGGGCUUCCGCCUCCCCUCCCUCCCGUUUCCCCCCUCCCCACCCCCCCCUCCCCCCCUCCCCCCCCUUCCCUUGCUUCCCGCCCAUUUCCCCCGUCCUUCACUGCUCCCCAUCUCCCCCAGCGCGCUAUCUGGGGCUGCCCUCGCCGCCGCCCUCCAGUCUCCAACUCUCCAUCAAGGGCGCAAUGCCUCUCGCGGGCUUUACUUCGCCCGUGCGGAGAGCCACACUCUCGACCACCGCCUGCUCGACGCGAUUCACGGCAGCGAGGGUGGCUAUAUUGUGGGUGGCGCGGAUUCGUUUUACUCGCGCAUGGCAGAGCAGGACGCACAAGCUCCGCGGAUGGGGGAGUGCGGCGGGCGGUGCGGAACGGGGGACGGCUCGAGCCUCAUUGAGUCCCUCAUCAAGUACCCACCAUUGGAGGAAGUGAGGGGUCUGCCGGAGGAGAUUGUGGGGGAUGAGAAGGAGGACAUGGAUUUUGCAGAUGUUGAUGCAAGCGUGGAAGGCGAGGAAGAUGAGGAUGAUGGGGUGUACACUGUGUGUGCUGUUGGUUUUGCUCCCAUGUGA